CGAUCUCCAUUCAUCUUCGCGCCGUCAUCUCUUCGUCGAAUCAUCACGCUGCUGAAGCAAUCACAUAAUGACCUCUCGAGCAGCAACAGUGGCCAUGUCCUCGACUUUGUCCUCAAAGGCUGCCACCGCUAACUUCCGUAAACUGAUGGCAAGUCCGCAGACGCUGAGCAGGACGCUGGCUGGACUUCGAGUUCGCCCUGCCACUGACUAUGUACACCAAUGGGUCCCUGUCCCUGGAGUCGCCACCGCCAAGAAGGGAUCUUCAUCAACAGCAGCAUCAGUAUCACCAUCACAGCCUGCAGCACCAUCAAUACUGACGGCCACAGGAGAGCGUACCCGAAUGCGCUGGCAGCAAUCGAAGGUCUCGGCGAGAGUGCUGGCAGAUAUCCGGAAGAAGGUUGCCCGUCUGGAGAAAGCCGGGAUUGCGUUGGCGACUCACCCUGAGACGGGAGAAGCUAUUUCUGCGGCACAGCUGCUGAACUUGCCUGCGCCCAAGCCUUUGUCGACAAAGACUGUGCGUAUGGGUAAACCGGAUAAGGGUCGCAAGCACGACAGGACUGCGCCUGAGAGGAAGGCGAAGGUUGCUAAGGCCAUUGCAGAGAUGCCAAAGACGAUCGAGACCUGGAAGAAGGCCAAGGCUGCUGAAAAGACGAAGACAAAGAGCACUCUGCCAUUCUAACCCCCCUCCCCCAUCCUCCUGAUAUCGGAAGCAACAUCCCAACGCGUCAGCACGAUCAGAAUUGAUUUUUUUUUCUCUUCAGGAACGACAUAUAGAAAUCAAAUUAAAGACUUUUUGCAUGGACGAUAUUGUGUUGGAUUGCAGCUGGUAGUAGGUCCCUAUCAUCUUGCAGGAAGCGAUCCGGUAAAAAAAACGACGUUGGUUUUCUAUCAAGGAGCUUUGCAGACAUAAUUUUGCGGACCCAUCAUUUUGCAUGAGGCCAUUGGAUUAAAGAUGGUGUUGGGGAG